AUGCUUCAACGACUAGCUUUCAUCUCGCUUUUGUGUAUCUUUUCAAUCACUUUCGCCCUGCAAUGCUACGAGGAUUCGGGCAAGAAAGACAAAUUCUCAAGUUCGAAGACAAAGCUCACAUGCAAUACCAAGGGCCAAGUAUGCAGCGAUUUCUGUCUGAAGACGUGGUUGACAGACCCAACCGCCGCCAACCAAGAACAACACUAUGAAUGGGAUUGCGGAUGCGGGGCUGAUCAGUCCGGUCGUGUCGGCUACAACUGCUCCGAAGCCGGCGUUAAGUUUAUUAUCUCGAAUGGUAUCAGCAAUACGAUGGAGUGUUGCACGGGUGAUCUGUGCAACACGGCGUCUUCAGGAUUCUUCUUAAUCAGUCUCACUCUUUCUCUAUUCGUUUUCUUGUCAAGGUGC